AUGAAUCUAGAGGACCGUAAAGAGCUCGAGGCAUUGAGAAAGGAGAAUGCAGAACUUAAGAGAAAGCUGGGAGUUCAAAAGUUCCAAAAUGAUGAACUUGCGAUGAGUUUGGAAGAGUUUAAAAGGUAUGGCAGACAGAUGAUAGUAGAGACUUUUGGCGGUGUUGAUGGACAACUCAAGCUUCGUAACGCCAAAGUCUUGAUUAUAGGAGCAGGUGGCCUUGGUUGCCCAUGUUUGCCAUAUUUGGCAGGCGCAGGGAUAGGUCAUAUAGGCAUAGUGGAUAAUGACGUUGUCGAUACGUCGAAUUUGCAUAGACAAGUUUUACACAGCUCCAACAGCGUUGGAAAGCUAAAAUGCGACUCUGCAAAAGAAUUUUUGCAGAAAUUAAAUCCACAUGUUGAAGUUACCACUUAUCCAGUGCGUUUGAGCCAUGCUAAUUGUUUUGGGAUUUUUACCGGUUACGACUACGUCCUGGACUGCACUGACACACCUUUGACGCGGUAUCUUAUUUCUGACGUUGCUGUAUGUCUCGGAAUGACGGUAGUUUCGGCUUCCGGUUUAGGUUACGAGGGCCAACUUUCCAUUUUGAAUUUUAAAAGCAUGGGUCCCUGCUAUCGAUGUUUCUAUCCUGCUCCUCCUUCUCCCAGCAACGUUUCAUCGUGUCAGGAAGGUGGUGUUAUAGGCCCAUGCAUUGGCCUUGUAGGUAUCAUGAUGGCCGUUGAAACGAUUAAAUUGAUUAUGGGCGUAUACACUGAGGAAAACUUCGAACCAUUCCUGUUACAAUACUCUGGAUUUCCUCAUCAAACACUUAGAAGGUUCAAAAUGAGAGGCAGAAAACCCAAUUGCAUAAGCUGUGGACCUGAUUCGACCGUCAACAGGGCAGCUAUACUUGCCGGAGGUAUCAACUACGAGUUGUUUUGUGGCAAGCGCAAUUAUGAUGUGUGCAAGCCCGAAGAGCGAAUAACCGUUGAAGAAUUCGAGAAGGCUUAUAUGUCUCAAGAGGGAUUGGACUAUACAUUGUUGGAUGUCAGACCUCAUCAUCACUAUGAUAUCUCUCAUCUGCCUAAUACUUUUAACAUAACGGUAAAAGAGCUACGCGACAUGGAUGGGAACAUGGACUUACUGAAGCGUCAUAUCCCAAAAUUGACAGACAGGAGCGAAGUUCUGGUUAUGUGUCGGUAUGGUAAUGAUUCCCAGCUUGCAACAAAGUUGCUUAAAGAUGAAUUUAAAAUUUCAACGGUCAGAGAUAUCCGUGGCGGACUUUUUAAAUACAUCGACGAGAUAAAUCCAUCCCUUCCAAAAUAUUAG